AUGGCGAAGCACCCGAGAGACUCCGCCGCCGGCGCCGUGCCGCUCUCCCUCGCGCUGUCCCUCGGCGGCGGCGGCGGCGUGGCCCCCGAGCACAGCAGCAGCAAGAGGCACCGGCGCGCUGCGGCGGGCGGCGGGGACGGCGGCGGCGAGUUCGUCUGCAAGACGUGCAGCCGCGCCUUCGGGUCGUUCCAGGCGCUGGGCGGGCACAGGACCAGCCACCUGCGGGGCCGCCACGGCCUCGAGCUCGGGAUGCCCGCGCCGGCGCCGGCGAAGGACGACGCCAAGGAGACCACGACGAAGCAGGCGGCGCCCGCGAGCCACCUGUGCCACGUCUGCGGGCUCGGCUUCGAGAUGGGCCAAGCGCUCGGUGGCCACAUGCGUCGCCACCGCGAGGAGGCCGCCGCCACCGCCGCGCAGGCGCCGCCCGUCCUCCUCCAGCUCUUCGUGUAG